CUUUCUUUCUUCUCAACUUCUCUUUCUUUCCUCUUUCUUCUAGUGCUUCCGCUUUUGCUCAUCUUCUUCUCGAUCUCAUCCCUUCUAUCUUCUUGGAUAUACUUACCACUUUUUCUUCUCAUCAAUCCCACACGACCUGUUCUACCUCUGACGAUUUUCGAACGUGCCACACUUAAACCGACAGCAAGCCACCCCGCGAUCAUUGGUUUGGUUCGGUCUCAAUUGAACUAGCUAUCCUGGUGUUCAUUCCUAUCGUGAUUUUCACCCGGAUUCUCCGGCUUAUUCCUCAGCUCUAUCCUUAAUCGUUAUCUCCCCCCGCCUAGACGAUGAGCUCGUCCCAGCCCAACCACCGACGGGUCACCUCCCUUGACCCGUUCUCGAAUCCGGACGUUUACUAUGGCGAUCCGGAUGCCUUGGCCCACAUCAAAGACCGCAGGCGUGCUUAUUCCACGACCAUGAAACCAUUCAACCGGGAGGAUCUUCAGGACUUUAUUGGCGGGGUCCCGUCGAGGAGAGGCAGUCAUGACGAGCAGCCCGCCGAACCCCGUAAAUUCCUAAUCGAUGUCGAUGAAACCCUUCACAGUCUGUUGCAGCGGGAGGAUACCGACAAUAACAUGCAAAUUACAAUCGAGGAUGUGGGGCCGAAGGUCUUUUCCCUAGGGACCGUCAAGUCAUCCGGAUACAAUCGAUUCGACGUGCGGGGAACGUACAUGCUCUCAAAUCUGCUGCAAGAGUUGACCAUCGCCAAGGACUACGGGAGGAAGACCGUGGUGUUGGACGAGGCGCGGUUGAGUGAGAACCCGGUCUCUCGUCUCUCGCGUCUGAUCAAGAACUCGUUCUGGAACGCCCUAACCCGGCGUAUCGAUGGUUCCAACAUCGAGGUGGCUGGCCGCGACCCCAAGGAUUGGACGGACGACCCUCGUCCGCGGAUCUACAUCCCACCGGGAGCUCCUGAACAGUUCGAAUACUACAAAGGGAUCGCCGAGGCGCACCCAGACCUGCGCUUAGAUGUCCAGCUGCUGGAAGAUAUCACUCCUGAAUAUGUCAAGGAUCUCAAUGACAAGCCGGGUCUGCUCGCACUGGCCAUGGAGAAGAAGGUCAAUGAGUCCACCAAUAAGACCGAGUAUUCCGGCGUCCCGUUUGUUGUCCCGGGCGGCCGGUUCAACGAGCUGUACGGGUGGGACAGUUACAUGGUGUCCCUCGGCCUGUUGGUCAGCGAUCGUGUGGACCUGGCCAAAGCCAUGGUGGUCAACUUCUGCUUCGAGAUCAAGCACUACGCGAAGAUCUUGAAUGCCAACCGGUCAUACUACCUUACCCGGUCCCAGCCGCCUUUCCUGACCGACAUGGCGUUGCGAGUGUAUGAGCGGAUUAAGGGGGAGCCCGACGCGCUAGAAUUCCUUCGAAACGCGACCCUGGCUGCGAUCAAGGAGUACUACAGUAUCUGGGCCGCCGAGCCGCGAUAUGAUCCGCAUGGCAUGGAAUUCAGGGAGUUCGUUGAGGCAUACAACCACCGCGAGGUCAUCGAGCCGGAACUCGACGAAUAUUUCCUGCACGACCGAGCGGUCCGGGAGUCCGGUCACGACACCAGCUACCGGCUGGAGCGGGUGUGUGCCAAUCUCGGCACGGUCGACUUGAACUCCCUAUUAUAUAAAUACGAAGUCGACAUCGCCCGAUGCAUCCGGACCUACUUCAAAGACCGACUCGAAAUCCCCCACGAGUUCCGCACCCCGCAGAGCAAAGACAUCGAGUACGAGUCCUCGUCCGUGUGGGACCGUCGGGCGCGGAGGCGCAAGAUGCGCAUGGACUCCUACAUGUGGGACGAAGAGAAGGGGAUGUACUUCGACUACGACACGGUCAAGCGGGAGCGCACCUCGUACGAGUCCGCCACGACCUUCUGGGCGAUGUGGGCCGGCCUCGCCACGCCGCAACAGGCCGCCGACCUCGUCAGAAAGGGCCUCCCCCGCUUCGAAGCCUACGGCGGGUUAGUCUCGGGGACGGAAGAGUCCCGGGGACCGGUCGGCAUUGACCGUCCCAACCGCCAGUGGGAUUACCCGUACGGGUGGGCCCCGCAGCAGAUGCUCGCGUGGACGGGCCUUCUCCGGUAUGGAUACCGCGAGGAAGCAGAGCGUCUCUCGUACAAGUGGCUAUACAUGAUCACGAAGGCGUUUGUCGACUUCAAUGGUGUGGUUGUGGAGAAGUAUGACGUCACGCGGCCCAUUGAUCCGCACAGGGUGGACGCAGAGUACGGAAACCAGGGUGUCGAUUUUAAGGGUGCACCGCGCGAGGGAUUCGGCUGGGUCAACGCCAGUUUUGUCUACGGGUUGGAUUUCCUGAACGCGCACCAGCGCCGCUCCCUCGGCACCACGACCCCGUACGAGACGUUCCUCAACGCCUUGACGAUCCAGGAUCAGAAAGACAAAUGAUCGUCUAGUCAGUUAGGUGAAAGGUUGCAAGCGAUUUUGAAUACUUAGCUAUGGAUUUUAUUUUAUUUUUUUCUUUUCUUGUUAUGAUUUCUGACCCUCGUAUGGUCUGAUCUGCGCACGUUUCCAUCUUUUCUUUUUUCUGGGUAGAAAAAUGAUGAAAAUUGGGGUUAGAGGGACGCGCUGAAUUUGAGAUUUUCAACUCAAUAUACAUCUGGUUCGGAUUUAGAGCGAGUAUAGCUUGUGAGGUUAAACCGGUAGCCGAGCACUUGGAAUAAUAUCAGUUGG